AUGGCCCAGAUCCGUGGCACCGCGGGCUACAACCUCGGCCACCAAAACCCGUUCGGCGGGCCCGGUACCGCAGAUGCUACCAAUGACCCAAGUCCGCUCGACGCCAUUCGCGAGCAGACAAGCAAGAUCGAAGACUGGCUGGACACAAUGGCCGACCCAGUGAAGCCGUACCUUCCCGCCAUCGGCCGAUUCCUGAUUGUCGUCACCUUCAUCGAGGACUCGCUGCGCAUCCUCACACAAUGGAACGACCAGCUCCUCUACCUCCGUGACUUCCGGAAGAUUCCCUGGGGAAUCACGCACACCUUCCUGAUCGUCAACGUUAUCGCCAUGGCUGUCUGCUCGUCCCUCGUCAUCGCCCGCAAGCGCACUGAGUACGCCGUGGCUGGUUUGCUGGCUGUUGUUAUUACGCAGGGUCUCGGAUACGGUCUCAUCUUCGACUUGAACUUCUUCCUUCGCAACUUGAGUGUUGUUGGUGGCUUGCUUAUGGUUCUUUCCGACUCGUGGGUGCGCAAGAAGUUCGUUCCCGCUGGUUUGCCUCAGCUUGAUGAGAAAGAUCGCAAGAUGUACGUCCAGUUCGCUGGUCGUGUGCUUCUGAUCUUCCUGUUCAUUGGUUUUGUCUUCUCCGGCGAGUGGAGCUUCUGGCGCGUUAUUGUCAGCUUGUUCGGUCUCGUUGCUUGCGUCAUGGUUAUUGUUGGGUUCAAGGCCAAGUGGAGUGCUAUCAUUCUGGUUGUUCUGCUGAGCUUGUUCAACGUUUUCGUUAACAACUUCUGGACUCUCCACGCCCACCACCCUCACAAGGACUUUGCCAAGUACGACUUCUUCCAGAUCCUGUCGAUUGUUGGUGGUCUGCUCCUCCUGGUCAACAUGGGCCCCGGCCAAUUGAGCAUGGACGAGAAGAAGAAGGUCUACUAG